AUGGCUUACAUCAAGUACAUCCUGCCUGCGCUGGCAGCCACCCAGCUCGCCUUCGCUGCUGAGUGCGGUGACACCACCAUCUCCUCCCAGUCCGAUGCCGAUGGCAUCGCCACCUGCACCAAGAUCAGCGGUGACAUUACCAUCGACGAAUCCUUCUCUGGCUCCCUCUCGAUCUCUGGUGUCGAGAAGAUCACCGGUACCCUGACCUGCACUGGUGGUGAGAACGUCACCGAUAUCACUGCCUCCUCCCUGGAGUCCAUCGGCAAGAAGUUCUACCUCAACGGUCUCACCCGUCUGACCCAGCUCUCCUUCUCCGAGCUGACCACCAUCGGCUCCAUCGACUGGGAGGCUCUCCCCAAGCUGCAGACCAUCGACUUCACCACCAUCACCGAUGUCAACGAUGUGUCCAUCGCCAACACUGGUCUCACUAGCCUGGAGGUUUCUCUGACCAGCGUCAACCAGUUCCAGAUCCAGAACAACCGUGAUCUCAAGACCAUCAACGUCAAUGACCUGAAGAACGCCACCGAUCUGAUCAACUUCUCCGGUAACUACGACUCGCUGGAGGUUGCAUUCCCCAACCUCGGCACCGGUACCAACAUGACCUUCACCAACAUCUCCAGUGUCUCUAUCCCCUCCCUGGAGAAGUUGACCGGCCAGCUCGGCUUCUGGAGCACUCAGUUCACCACUUUCUAUGCCCCUAACCUCACUACCACUGGUGACCUGGUUUUCACCGGCAACAGCGAGCUUAAGAACAUCACCAUGGACAAGCUGACCAAGGUCGACGGUGGAUUCACCAUCUCUCGCAACGACAAGCUCCGUACCAUCGAGGUUCCCAACCUGGAGACUGUUACUGGUGCCAUUGAUUUCAGUGGCAAGUUCAACACUGUUGAUAUGGAUUCCCUCGAGGAUGUUGAGGGUGGCUUCAACCUCCAGUCCACCGACGGAAACUUCAGCUGCAGCACCUUCAAGAAGAUGCAAGAAGACAACGUCAUCAAGGGUACCUACAAGUGCGCUGCCAACACCAGCGACCCCACCACCGCCAACGGCAAGUCUGGUACCACCUCCGGCUCCUCCAGCAGCUCCUCUUCCACCAGCUCCGGUGCCGCUGUUGCCAACGGUGCUGCCCUUCCCGUUGCUGGCCUUGCUGCCCUGUUCUACGGCCUGGCCCAGCUUCUGUAA